UCACGCGAGCCGCGUGAUUAAUCUCGCAGCCCAGCGCACGCGAUCAUAGCUUCUGGAACUCUCGCGAGAUUUCGCGGUAGACCACUCGCUGCUGGGCUCUCUCUCUCCUCGUCCGCGAUCCGUGCUGCUGCGUCUCCUUCCUCGCCGCCCCCAUCGCUCUCCACGCGCCGCCGCCGCCCAAAACCUCUUCGCCGUCUCCUUCCCUCCCCGCCGUCGCGGCUCGUGGCUGACGACUCCCAACCCCACGGUGAGCGAACGAGUGGCAUCCGUGUGGAGCCAUGAACAAGAGCUAUUACGACAUCUUGGGCGUAGCGCGCGGCGCCAGCCCCGAUGAAAUCAAGAAAGCCUACCGCAAGCUCGCGCUGAAAUGGCACCCGGACAAAAACCCGGAGAACAAGGAGAACGCCGAGAAGCAGUUCAAGGAGAUCGCGGAGGCGUACGAGGUCCUCUCUGACGAGAGCAAGAGGGAGACGUACGACCGCUACGGCAAGGCAGGGCUCACGGCCAGACUCGGGGGCGGUGGGUCAGCCAGCCCCAACAUGGGCGGAUUCCACUUCACGUUCCGAAACCCGGAUGACGUCUUCCGAGAGUUCUUCGGCGGCCGCGAUCCCUUCGCCGAAUUCUACGACUUCCACGACGCUCCGCGCUUGCGGGGACAGGAGCGCAGCCGCAGCCACGGAUUCUUCUCCUUUCCCUCGUUCGGAGCCUUCCACACCACCUCCUCCACCUCCUUCGACUCCGGCUUCAGUGGGUUUGGCUCGUUUGGCGGGGCGGCGCUGGGUGACGAGUAUUCUCCGUUCCCGUCGUUCUCGGGCGCCCAGCGGCCCCAGCCGGCGGGCUCCUUCCGCUCCGUGUCCACGUCCACGCGCUUCAUCAACGGCCAUAAGAUCACCACCCGCAAGAUCGUGGAGAACGGGCAGGAGCGCAUCGAAGUGGAGGAGGAUGGACAAAUCAAGUCCAUUAAAGUGGACGGCGUGGAGGACGAGAUGGCGCUGGCGCUGGAGCUGAGCCGGCGCGAGCAGCAGCAGCAGCAGGGGGGGGGCGAAGGGGGGCCCCAGGCGAUCGCGGGGGACGGGGCCCCCCAGGCUCGCCGCACGGAGCGCACGCAGAGCUGCCCCUCCGAGUACUUCUACGUGUCGGACAGCGACGAGGACGACGAGGAGAUGCAGCUCGCCAUGGCCUACAGCCUGUCCGAGCAGGAGGCGCGGCGCACGGGAGUGGUGUGAGCCUGGGCGAGCGUGGACGCCUCCUCGUCUCCUGCUCCUCCUCCUCCUCUGCGUCGCCUCCUCCUCGUAUUUAUUCUCGACCCCACAAGCGCGCGCAACCCCAGGACCCCUCGCCAACCCCCCUGCCCCCACUAGUGGAUGGUGCACCCCCGCGACCCCGCUGACCCCCGCGACCCCGCUGACCCCGCUGACCCCUGCUCGCCCCCCUCCCCCCCCUCCACUCUGCGGCGUGGCCCCAGGUUCGCACCGUUGCCAGAUGUGGAGAGCGAGAUCCCCGCGAGUAACGCCGCCACUUUUUGCGCGAUGUUCCCGGCUUCGGAUCCGCAAGCGGCUUGUUGGGUCGGUCCACGUGGCGACCUCGCUGAGCAGGAGACAGCCGCCGGGCGCGAGGCCUCGUUCGCACUUUGUGAUUCGCACUUCCCGGACCUCGCCCUGAACAUGCCUGGCGCAGUUUCGAGUGAAACGUCCGUCGAUCUAAGCACUAAAUUUGGAUGUGGUCUCUAACCCACAGGGUGAGCAAGUUGGUGAGCGAGUGGGUGGGUGAGUGAGUGAGCAGGUGGGUGAGUGAGUGAGUGAAUGGGUGAGUGGGCGAGUAAGCUAGCUAGUGGAUGAGUGAGU